UCUUUCUUCACUAUCCUUGCUUAUAUAAAAUAAAUUUUUUUGUCUCAAACUAUUUUCAAAUAUUCUCGCUUUCUCUCUCUCUCUCUAUAGUUGCAAUGUUUACUAUUUGAAUCCUUCAAAAACACUAAAAGAGAAGGUAGCUAAGCCCCUUUUGACUAAAACCCACAAAAGUUUGUUUUUCUUUUUCCCCAGAAGCCUACUUGUUUCUUGGCAGAGAAAAUUUUGAUCAAAUUUUCCUGGGAGAUUCCUGUCCAAAGGUUGUGCCUUUCCUGGUGGGUUUUGGUCUCUAAGUUGAAAGAUUUAAAGGGUUUUUGUAGAGAGAAGGAAUAGUAUGAAGAUCAAAGAAGAUGUUCAUCAAGCUGUGAAGGGCUUUUAAUAUUAUAUAAGGGUUCUGUUGCUUGAAUUUCUGGGGCAAUGUUUAAGCUUCUGAUUCUAAGAGAAGGUGAUUAGAUAGUCAAUUUGGUUGAAGACUUGAGAAGGAUAUUUAAGGUACGACAAACAUUAAACACACAAAACAUUAUGGUUGCAAAGGGACGUCAGAGUGCUACCAACUCUCCGAAAGUGGAGGUGGGAGAGAUAGACACUAGUGCACCUUUCCAAUCUGUUAAAGAUGCUGUUACACUUUUUGGUGAAGGUGCUUUCUCCGGGGGAAAACCAGCCAUAAAAAAGGCAAUAGCUCAAUCUGCAGAGAGAGUUCUAGCCAACGAGACUCAGCUUCAUCUCACUCAGAAAGAGUUGAAAAAGUUAAAGGACCAGCUAGAAAAUGCUGAGACAACUAAGGCUCAAGCACUUGUAGAGCUAGAAAGGGCUAAAAAAACCCUCGAGGAACUGUCUCAUAAACUCAAAACUGUUAACGGGUCAAAAGAAUCUGCAAUCAAGGUUACAGAAGCUGCAAAAAAUCAGGCAAAGCAGAUUGAAGAAGCAAAUUCUGGUAUUCUUCCUGGACCUGAUUGGGCUAGGAGCCAGGACUUGGAAACUGCAAGGGAACAAUAUGUGACUGUAAUUACCGAGCUCGAUGCUGCUAAACAAGAAUUGAGGAAGGUAUGUCAGGACUGUGAUGCAUCCUUAGAAGCGAAAAUUGCUGCCUUCAAACAAACAAAAGAAGCUGAACAUGCAGCCAAGGUUAACAUCGAGAAGGUUGGAGAGCUGUCUAGGGAGAUUUCAUAUGUACAGGAAUCAAUCGGACAAGUGAAGCUUGCAUCUCUUGAAGCACAGCAAGGACAAGCCAAAAUGUUUGCUGAAAAGGAUACUCUGAGGCAAUCAUACAAAGCUACCCUUGAAGAGUCGACAGAGAAGUUGCUUGCUUUGAAGAAUAAAUUUGACCCAGAGCUUAUGCGAAAUCUCGAAGCCCAACUGGUUGAAACAGAUAAUCAGAUUGGAGCUUUGCAGAAGCAGAUGGAAAAUGCAAAGGCUUCUGAUCUGGAGUAUGUGCAAACAGUUACUUCAGAGCUAGAUGGUGCUAAAGAAUCACUGCAAAAAGUCGCUGAUGAAGAGAAGUCCUUGAGAAGUUUGGUGGAGUCUCUUAGGAUGGAACUAGAAAAUGUGAAGAAAGAGCAUUUGGAGCUGAAGGAGAAGGAAGCAGAAACAGAGUCCAUUGCCGGGAAUCUGCAUGUUAAGCUUCGGAAAAGUAAAGCUGAGCUUGAAACUUUCCUUGCAGAGGAAUCCAAAGCAAGAGGUGAAUGUGAUGAAAUGAUUUCAACCCUCCAACAGCUAUCGGUGGAAACAGAAAAUGCACGGCGAGAAGCGGAAGAGAUGAAAAGGGAAUCUGAGAAGCUGAAGCUGGAAGCUGAAACCUCGAGAAUUGCACUCGAGGAAGCAGAGAAGCAGCUGGCAGUUGCUGUGGAAGAGGCUGAAGCUGCGAAAGAUGCUGAGACUAGGGCACUUGAUCAGAUAAAGAUGCUUUCUGAGAAAACAAAUGCUGCACGGUCCUCAACCUCUGAAUCUGGAGCCAAUAUAACUUUCUCCAGGGAAGAAUUCGAGUCGCUGAGCCGUAAAGUUGAAGAGUCUGAUAAUUUAGCUGAAAUGAAAGUGGCAGCUGCUAUAGCUCAGGUAGACGCUGUGAAGGCUAGUAAAAAUGAGGCCCUUAAGAGGUUAAAGGCAACUCAGAAAGAGAUUGAAGACAUGAAGGUUGCAACUGUGGACGCUUUGAAGAGGGCUGAGAUGGCUGAAGCUGCAAAGAGAGCUGUGGAGGGAGAGCUCCGAAGGUGGCGCGAAAGGGAACAGAAGAAAGCAGCCGAAGCUGCAUCUCGGAUUCUGACAGAAGCACAGAUGUCAACAGAAUCAUCCCCGCAGCACUACAGAAUUCAAAAGCCUCCCAACCCAACAGAGAACUGUUCAGGUCAGUUAGAGAAUGAGAAGUCUUCCAUCUCGAAAAAGGUUCUUUUACCUAAUAUCAGUGGCAUCUUCAAUCGAAGAAAGAACCAAAUCGAGGGUAGAUCUCCCUCUUUUCUGCCUGGUGAGAAGCCUCUGUAACAUUGCAUUUGCCUGAUCUUUGUACAUUUUAUCGAUGGUUGAGAGAAACAUAUAUAUAUGGUUGUGUACAUCUCAGAACUGUGAAAUCAAAUCCUCUGUUAUUCUUGUCGGGUGCAAGGAAUUUAACUUGGAAAUAUCCAAGGGUUAGUUUGCAAGCAACAUGGAGUAAAUGACAUCUGUGUAUAAUAUGACUACUAUUAAGUUAAUUCAUGACUUAGCCUUGGAAAUGAAUGCUUGUGUUAUGCCACCAGCAUUUUAGGUGCAAAAAGCUCUUUGGA